GGACUAUUUAUGCCUGUCUCAUGUUUGCCGCCCACGUUUCAACAUCAGUUUCGCCAGCUGCCAGAGAAGGCGAGAACAACAGCAACGGUUGUUCGGUUUCGUUCGCGCUUUUCUCUUCAGAUUCCCAGCAGGUGGCGCGGCUUAGCCGAUCGAUAGUAAAAGAUGUCAGGCGAUUUGUUCAGUUACGAGACAGGCAUGUGGUGAGCGACAACAACAAUGACGGUGAUUAUUGCCACGAUAAAGCAGUCGGCAGUGGUGGACAGAACUCAACAUCUGCUGGUGUGAAACGGUUAUGGACUGUAUUAGUGACGAUGUCUGCCAAACUACAGUAUAAUUGGUUCAAACUGGACCCGGAGAAAAGCUACCAUCCUAAGGACAAUACAGGCAGAAUGUCAAAUGGGAUUUUCUUGUAUUCAUACAAGGACAUUCCAGAAUUUCUCAAAGGAAACCCAUUUGUGAUAAAUGGAUAUAGAGCCUUCCUACCACCCAGUCUCAUAAUAAGGAGUUUGUGUUUCUGGUCGAAUGAAAGCAUAAACAUUUGGAGCCACCUACUGGGCUGUUUAUUCUUCUUUCUACUCAUGCUUUACGAUGUAUUUGUCAUUGUACCCCACUUUGGAGGUCCUGCUGACAUCCUAGUCAUGUGCCUAGCACUUUUGUCAUACCAGGUAUGUACAAUUCUGUCGGCUGUUUAUCAUCUUGUAAACUGCCAUUCAGAAGCAGUUGCACAACGUUGGCUCGCGCUAGAUUUCACCGGUAUAUCAGCAGCUCUGCUGGGAAUCUACUUACCCGGGACAUUCUAUGCGUACACGUGCUUUCAGGUGUGGAGAGAUUUCUACAUGGGAAUGUUUGCAUUUAUGGUCAUAGCCGUGAUGUCCAUGCAAUUGCACUCUCAGUUCCUAUCAGAAAAGUGGAGGGUCAGGCGCUUGGUGAUGUAUGCUUUAUUGGCUGCGUAUGGUGUCAUCCCUUGUCUGCACUGGAUAUAUCUAAAUGGUGGUUGGCAAAGCAGUAUUGUACAGGUGUUUAUCCCCAAGGUAAUCACGAUGUACCUGGUGUGUGGGGUGGCAUUUGGAUUUUACAUAUUCAUGAUACCUGAACGUUGGUUACCAGGUAAAUUGGACUAUGUUGGGCACAGUCAUCAGUGGUGGCACAUCAUCAUGGUUUUUGCAAUGUACUGGUGGCACAGGACUGGCCUGGAAUUCGCUGCCAUCAUGGCACUUCAUCCCUGUAUUUGAAAUUUGAAUUGGAAACCUUCAGAACAUGGUGGUGAUCUUUUUAUCUUUCUCUUGUUCCGUUUUUAAUAAUAAUACUAUCAAGAGCGUAUUAAAGGCAUACUACUAGGCCCA